AAAUUGAUGCUUUUACCCACUGGCCAUGUGGUGCAUUCAUUACAGUUCUAAUACUCUGAGAGCACAUCCAUUGGAGUGGUCCUACUAGCUAGCACGGUGCACUGGACACAAUGGACCAACACUCUGACUCAGGGGAAAGCUUACUGCUACUGAAUCUCAACAAGCUGAAUGGCUACAACUCUCCUGCAAUUCUGUGCGCUUUGACCUCUGUGUUUGCUGCUAUCCCCUCGGUACAGGGACACCUCAACGAAUUGUGUGACUCUGGUGUCACUCCAGUGUCUAGUACCGUUUCAGCUCAGGUGCAUGUCGUCUUUGUGGUCAGAGCCAGUGAUGGACGCAAGCUAGCUCUGAAGAGACUGGCAGUGAACAAUGAUGCUGACGUCUACCUCACCAAACAAGAGAUUGCUGUCACCAAGGCUCUGUCUGAUUGCUCGUAUUCUGUGACAUACAUUUCAUCCAUUACUAAGCAGAUAUCCAGUGAUGUACACGAGGUCCUCAUACUAAUGGAGUUAUAUACAUGCACCAGUGAAAUCUCUCUCAGUCCUCGAUCACCAAGAAUGCUGGUUUGCAGAAGAAGUCAGCGAAGGAGAUGAUGUGUUCCUCCUUGCCCUGUCCUUUUCCUUCUUGUCGAGAGUUGAGGGACGAAAGCCUUUCCUUCGAGUGGAGCAAGAGAAGACCCAGAGUUAGAGGGACUGAAAAUGAAUUGGAAUUCAAGGCCUCGUCAAAGGAUCACUUCGAAGGCUUUACCUCCAGCUCUGAAACUGAGACUCUGACGUCAAUGGCCAGUUAAUUCCAGAAGCUCAGUUCCUUUGAAGUUUGAAGGGAUCAGGUGCCGGAUAUGCCACCUGACCCGUUUGAAGAAGAAGCUCAGUGUCUUGCUGGAAGAGCCUUCCGCUGUGUUAUAAAAACAUCGCGAGCUUUCCACUGUGUUGCAGAAACAGCGCGAGAUAAUGUGUGUAUUUAGUAGUGCUACAAGACUGUACAUACACGAUCAAUUAUUGCAGCUCAAGUUGAUCAGUCAAAGAUCUACAAGAUGAUGCCCGAAUCGCUUACUAUCUCGAAAAUUUGGCUGUGAUCUGCUUCUGUCAAGUGGUACUGUAUGUACUAGGUGUGGCUUAUAUACAAAUGUGAUUUCGUGUGUGACUGUGAACGAAGAAACACUUGCAGUGGCCCAGCUCUACCAAGCUUCCUAAGCUAGUAUUGCUGGAUCACAGAUGCGUGUGAUUCUCAGGUGGUGGAGCAGUCAACCAAACGUACGUGUCACAAGAAACAGUCUGAUGUUGGGUUUCCACCAUGGCAGAGCCAGACACCACACUCGUUACAUCUGUCAGUCCUCUUGUUGGAGUCCUUCCAGCAGAACGCACACCAUCCCCGUUUACAUCUCUUUGCAGGUGGUUGCAGGCACAUUUUGAGAGGAAAGUGUUGGAGCUGAAGAGGGCGCUGGACUCUACUUGAGCGGCCUGGGAGUCUCCUUGAAUAGUACGUGCCAAUCAGCUCCUUGGCCAGUUGGAGGCGGAAGUCUUUUACGUUUUGAUUCGGCUUGGAGGCAUUCUUAAACCGUCUCUCUGUCGCCUGAGAACGGAUCCCGUUGCUACUGGUUGCGACGUCGUUGAGAGGACCGUGAGCUCCUUGCUGUCGUGCCAUGCACACGCCACCAGUGGUCCCUUCUGGAAUAUCUUGGAUUCUCCUCUGUCAAAGUACCUCUUCUUCAAACCAUGUUUCUUCAGUCCUGGUGGUAAACCUACACCACACCCAUCCUUCUCCAUAUCUUCAAGAAGUUUGGGGCUCGUAAAAAAGUUGUCAAAGAAAACGUGGUGAUUUUUCUUCUUCAGCCCGUCGGUGCUCAAUGAGGGGGCGGAUCUUCCCUAACCGAUCGUACGAGGGAUCACCUUGUGGAACAAGAUGGUCGUUGUCCACAAAGUGCAGAUACCGGGAGAUAUCACGGAAUCUCUGCCUUGAGAUUACAUCGGCGAUGGGUGCAUAGUGCAUGGUAGUGAUGGUCUCGGCUCCAAUAGUCAUUGAUUGAUGGCAGGUGAUUGAGUCCCAUGAGGAUGGAGAAUCCAAAGAAGGCCCGGAGCUCUUCAACUGUGAGUUGAGUCCACGUUCGGUAUGCCUCCUCUCCCAUUAUAUGUCUAGCGUAGUUGUUGCUCUCACACACAAUGUGUCCCUGCAGACCAUUGUUAAAAAAUAGCAGUUACACUUCUUCUGGCGUCUCUGAGAUGUCCACUGUUGGUCCUACUGCUGACUCAAAUGACUUGAUAGUCAGGGUGUGCAAUUCACUCCUCCAGGAUUGCUGUCUGUUGACGGGGGAUUCAUUUCUACAUGUUCCUCAUCAUUCAAGAUGUCUUGUAGAACCUCCUCCGUGGUCCAGUGUGGCCUCUUGGCCAUGCCUGCAGCUCUAUAUUAUUAUUAAAAAAUGUUCGUUCAUGUUAUAAAUAUUUUGUGUUUGUUGGGUGGUAUAAAAACAACAGUAGUAUUCAAGCGUCUGUAUCAAAAAAAAAUUCUGUAUGAUAAUUAUAAGCUUUUUACUUUAUAUAAUGAG